AUGGCUACCACUACAAGAACCACCCAGCACGCUCUGAGAGCUCUACGUACAUCCUCCACCCGGCCAUAUGCUUCAUUUGUCUACCGUACCUAUGCUUCGGCUGCGGAGCCUGAUCUCAAGGCCACCCUUCAAUCGGUCAUCCCAGAGAAGCGUAAGCUGUUGAAGCAGGUCAAGGCUCAUGCAGACAAAAAGAUUGGCGAUAUCACAGUUGGUCAGGUCAUCGGUGGAAUGAGAACCAUGAAGUCAAUGGUCUGGGAAGGCUCUGUUCUCGAUGCCAACGAGGGUAUCCGUUUCCAUGGCCGAACAAUCGCCGAUUGCCAGCAAGAGCUUCCCAAGGGUACUUCUGGCACUGAGAUGCUACCAGAGUCCAUGUUCUGGCUCCUUUUGACCGGUCAAGUCCCUUCCACAAAUCAGGUUCGAGCCUUCUCUCGUGAGCUUGCUGAGAAGUCCGACUUGCCUGCUCAUGUUGUCAGCAUCCUACGAGGCAUGGACAAGAAUGUUCAUCCCAUGACCCAAUUGGCUAUUGCCGUGGCCGCCUUGAACACCGAGUCCAAGUUUGCAACCAAGUAUGCCGAGGGUCUCAACAAGGCUGAAUAUUGGGAGCCCACCUUUGAUGAUUCUGUCAAUCUCUUGGCCAAGCUGCCUCGUGUUGCCGCUGCCAUCUUUGACAAGGCUGCCCUAGAUAUCGAGAUUGACAAAGAUCAGGACUGGGCCUACAACUUUGCUCACCUCUUGGGUAAGCCUGGAAAGGAAAACGAGGGUUUCCAAGAUUUACUCCGUCUCUACCUGGCUCUCCAUGGCGACCACGAAGGUGGCAACGUUUCAGCCCAUGCCACUCACCUGGUCGGCUCUGCCCUCUCCGACCCCUACUUGUCUUACUCAGCUGGUCUCCUUGGUUUGGCUGGACCUCUCCACGGUCUUGCUGCCCAGGAAGUCCUCCGGUGGAUCCUGAAGAUGCAAUCUCAAAUUGGAGAAAACUUCUCUGACAAGGAUGUCAGUGACUAUCUCUGGUCUACUUUGAAAUCCGGCCAAGUGGUCCCUGGCUACGGUCAUGGUGUGCUGCGCAAGCCUGAUCCACGCUUCAAGGCCCUGAUCGAUUUCGGCGAUGCUCGUCCAGAUAUUGCCAACAAUCCUGUCUAUCGCCUAGUCAAGAAGAACAGUGAAAUCGCCCCAGGUGUCUUGACUGAACAUGGAAAGACCAAGAACCCUCACCCCAAUGUCGAUAGUGCCUCAGGUGUUCUAUUUCAUCACUACGGCUUCCGUGACCCCCUGUACUACACUGUCACCUUCGGCGUCAGCAGAGGUCUUGGUCCUCUUGCUCAAUUGAUCUGGGAUCGUGCCCUGGGCAUGCCAAUUGAGAGACCCAAGAGCAUCAACCUUGAAGGCCUCUUGAAACUGGUGUAA